UUUAAUGUUAAAAGUUGAAGUGGUAUUUUUGUUUACAUAUUAUUGGUUUGUUUAUUUUAUGUGAUUUGCUUAAGUUUUGUAUCGAUCCGUUACCCGCCCCCUCCCCGGACCCCAGCCGCGGAGGGCACCUCUAAAAUCCUGCGCAGAGGAGCUUCUGGAAGUACUUGGUGAUGCAGAACUACGUAGCUAGAGCUGGCGGUAUGUGGCGCAAUGGGCGCCGGGAGAAGAUGGAGAUCGACGAGGCGCUGGAGGCCGUGCUGGCCGGGCCUUCGCGCCCCAACACGCGUUCCCGCCCGCGCCCCGGCAUGGCGCUGCAAUCCGUUGCGAAGCGGAUGCGCAUGGCGAAGGGCGGCGUAGUGGAGGAGAGCGACGACAGCCGCUCGGACGAGGAUGUGGCGGCAUCAAUUCGCUUCGCGGCGCUGCCGUCGCGGGCCGGCGCCGUGCCGCGGUACCCGGGGCGGGCGCGCAGGACCUUGCGGCCCACGAUGCGCGCACGCGACGUGGCGCGCGAGGCGGCGCGGGCUGCGGCGAUGGCGGCGCAUCGCUCCGUGCCCGAGGCGGCCGACUACGAGGACAUCGAUAUGGUGGAAUACGAGUUUCUGUUCGCGGGCGAGGGCGAACCGCCCCGCGACCUGCAGGAGUCUCCGCCGCCCGGCGCGCCCGGCCCGCGCCGUCUGCAGCCCGCGCCCAUUAACGCGGUGGUGCGCACGCGCGCGGAGGAGGAGGAGCGGCGGCGGCUGAUCCGCGCGCAGUUGGCGACGCUGCUGCACGCGCACGAGUGCCGCGCCGACGAGACGCGCCUGCGACACGCCAUCUGGUACUGCAACGUGCCCAGCUGCCAAGAGAUCAAGUACAUCCUCAAACAUCUCACGGUCUGCCAGAACCGUACCAGCUGCAAGAAGAUGUACUGCGUAUCGUCGCGCCAGAUCAUCGGGCACUGGAAGAACUGCGAGAACCAGCAUUGCCCCAUCUGCCUGCCGCUGCCCACACCCGGCCUCGUGCGCAAAGUGCGCCGCAACAGGGGAACCAUAUAAAUCAACUUGAUUUUUUUUCGACGGACAGUAUUCUUUUUCGACAGUUAACAAUCUGGAUAUAAUUGGAUGGAGAUGAAAGCUCACAUUUAUAUACGGAUGUCAAACAGAUGCGUGUCCUACAAAACAUAAUCUGUACCUACACACUCAAUUUAGUCCAUUAACAGUGAUCUAUAGGGUAAAGUGUGUAAUUAAAAUAUUCUCGAUGUUUUGUCAGUGUUCACUUCAGCAGAUUAAUACCACUACGGCGUAAGGCUCGGUUUAUACUAGGCGCAUCGAAGCGUCAAAUUCUUCAUAACUAAAGCGAAAUUAUACAAAUGCGUGAAAUACAUAUUCCGAACGAAUAUCGAAAAGUGUGCGCGUCUUUUUCACAUCUCAGAAGUAUAUGUGCGUUACGUGUGGACUUUUGAAGAAGUGAAAUUAUGGAUUGAUGCUUCAGUGCGCUUCGACUCUUCGCUAGUAUAUACCGAGCCUAAGGCAGCAUAAAAUCGCCACCACAGAUCCUUUACAACCUCUGUAAAGGAUCUAUGGCAGCCAUUUUAUGUCAUAUGAGUAAGAAACAUGCGUCGUCAGUGGGGAAUUUGGCUUUUAAAUGUCUGAAUUAUAUAAUAUCUGUGUAUUAUCUUGUCAGUGUUUUCUAAGCCUGUGAAUGAAACUUAUUA